CACAAGAAUGCUUACAUUCGUUGCUUCCUGCAUCCGAUGGGUCAUGUCCAGUGAACUCGUCGCAGGGUCGAAUAAGAGGCUAUACACGACAAGCAAGGAAAAGAGUUUCUUCGAUGAUUCGAUACCGAGUACAAAACCGUUGCUGGAAGUUAAAGAUCGAGACGACAUGGAGAGAAGUCGCAGUGAUUUUUAUUCGAAAGGAAGUCCCAUAAAAGUAAAGGUGAAGAUGACAAAGCAAGAAGCUGCUCGGUUGCUUUCUAAGUGUAAAGAUGGGGGGGUUCUUGAAUUCAGAGAUGUGGCUGAGGCGAUUGCGAACCUCCCGAUGGACCGAGUCAAUGUUGUGAAUCCUGAUAGCUUGGCAGAGCACUCGCAGUUGGCUGAAUCCGCGGAUUCUCGAUCAGUUUCUUAUUGUAUGUCGAAACAUACAUAUACUACCUAA